AUGAGGCUGUGCUUGCCCACAGUAGCAAUGCCAGCUGGAGAAAAGCAGAAGAUAGAGCACUGGCAGAUGCAGCCAAUUGUGGGAGGAGUCAGAAAUGGAGUUAUGGAGAAAGAUUCAGGCUGGGAUUUAAACUCAAGCGUGACAGCCAUUCAUGCUCUUGGCCAUGCAGGGAGUAGUAGUGAAGAAAGAGACAUGCUGCCUCUACACACAGCCAAAAGCAGCCUUGCAGAGGGCAUGUCUAAUGUCCCCAUAGGGAAACUGCAGUGACGCUUGUACAAGGGGGAGUACGCUAUGCUCAAGUAUGCACCGAUGUCUGAGAGCGACUCCAUGCAGGUCAGCAGAAGAGAAGUGACUGAUGUGCACAGCCGUGUCCAAAUGGUAACAGUGGGCACCAUCCACACCAGCCCCUACCUCGUACUACCUGAUGUCAUGCCACUGGCCACCCAGAAGAGAGGUAACAAGCCCACACAGAUCUGAGAGCUAAUGAGGCUGCUUCCCUUGACAUUUGUCAAGGCAUCCAUCCAUAACAAAAAACAACAGCUCCACCUGAAGCUUGCCACUGACCACUCUUUUUACCUUCAACUGUGUUCCCAUUCACAUAUAGAUCUUUUCGCUCACUGGGAAUACCUCGUUUACACGUUAAAACCACCAUUGAAGGUUUACAGCAGUACCCCUGCCAUUCUGGCUGAUGAUGCACUGGACAUACUUUGAGGAAGAAAACAGCCCCAGAGGUAAGCCUUUGCAGAGUCUCUGAAGGGCCAGGGUGCUUUGCAAGACCAGCUGAAGUUCCUGCAGAGUUUUUGGUACUGAGGCUCAUUUGAAAAUGCAUUGUAUUUGGAACUGUUCAAGGCCAAAUGAGCCUCGGUUUGGAGGCCAUGCCACACUGGAGAGGUUCCUAAUGCUUUUCCAAAGUGUUCCCCAAGGCCGUAUUUCAGAGAUUUCUUAGCUCUCAGCAACUCUUAAUUUCAUAGUCAACAUUGUAUUGCCACUGCCACAUCCUCACCAUCCAAUCUAUUCUUGAGCGUACAUGACUCCGAGCAGGCAGGCUGACAUGCUGUGGGAUGUCGCGUCUCUCCAGGACUGCCAUGCACUGACUGUUGUGUGCGUCAGUGGCAGUGUGGUGUGGUGUGUGCAUGUGCACAAUUGGUCAGUAGCAAGAAAAUAUUAAAGUGCGUCCACUUUACCAGCAGCAAUAGUAACACAAGUGUAUUUUUAAAGCGUGUGAGGAUAUUCCCUGGUGGAUUAUAAUAGUGCUCUCUCCGGGACUGGCAGGGUUCGAGCAAAGCUGGAACGAUCCUUGUGCUCUUUGUGGAGACACAGGAGAGGGGAUUCCUGCUUCAAAUGGGAGGGCGGACUUCUGACUUCAGACCUCUUAUUAUAAGCCCUUGUUUAGCUGUAGGAAUAGAAGGGAGCAGACCUUCCUGGUCUCACUUUAUUUCACUUCUUUGUCUUCUUCCUAGGCAAAUGUCUUUCAUUUCUACGGAAGAGAUCAAGGUCAAGUCAACACCAGGAACCUUCACAUGAACCGAUUAAGUGUUUGGGACCACCUAGGGUGGUUAUGCUGGGGAGGAAUGAAUUCAACGCAUGCCUCCCACAUAAUGUGGCAUUCGAGACUUCCCACUCUUCAGCCCAAAAGCCUGUAGUGCCUGAGGAGAGGGCAAGGCUAGUAGCAGGAGCAAGCGUUACAAGAGGCAGUCAGCAGACUCCGAAGAGAACCACAGCACUAACAGGAGCGGCCUUCGGGGAUCUGGAAGAAGAGCAGCCAACCUGAGUGCUUUCAACUCUUCUUGUCCUCAGAGGAUACUCCCAGCACAUGGGUAAGAGCUGCUGGCCUCUCCCUUGGGGGCAGUGUGAGUGUGGUGGCUGCAGGGGCAGAGACAACUGUCAAGAACUUAGGGUUCUG